AUGGCAGAAAACUAGAGAAUGUACACUUCAACACAAUUAUGCAAUGCAAUUCGAUUUUAAUAAAAAAAUACUCUUAGUUUGCCAGAAAAUAAAGAUAUUUGGGAGAAAGCCAUGAUCUAAUCCUCAAAAGAUGGGCUUGAUUCAUUUUUAUUCUGGCUACACACUUAUAAUGGCUUAUAGAUGGUUAGAGAUGAAAAAAUGAAGAGUUUUGAGAAGAAUUUCAUAUUGGAAUAAAUUAAUCUCUAAAAUUGCUUUAAAAAUAUUUUAAGAUCACUAAGAGGAAGACUAGAUAUCAGUAAUUUUAUAAAUAAAUUAAAGAACUAAGCUGAGAUAGCUACUAUUUAUGGUAUUUCUAAUUACGAAGAUUCUGGAUUUAUGAUGCUUCUUUUGAACAACCUAGCUUAAUUGCUAGAAGGUAAACAAGAACUGUUAGAUUAAUAUUCGCUGAUGAAAGAAAUAAUUUUUUCUUUGAGAUAAUAUGAGUAAUAACUAGAUGGUAGAUUAUUUCUAGCUAUUAGCAAGCUUGGUAUUACUGAUAUUGAAUUCUGGAGAGAAUUAGAAUCCAUCUACCUAAAAGAAGCAAUUAAUAGAGAUUCGAUGAUCUAACUUAUUGAAGGCUUAGUUGGACUAUCACUUUCCAAUCGAGGAACUAGUUAACUUAUAUUUAGGAUUUAAGAUAAAAUAAAGGGAAAUCUCGACUCUAAUUUCAAAAUCAAGGACACAAUCAGGUUAUUUUUUGCAUUAGGUUUACUUUCUGAUUCGAGAAGAGAUCAGCAAUUGUUAGAUAUUGUUUUGAAAAGUAUCUAAUCAAUCGAUUUACUUAGUGACUUUUCUAAAUACAAACAAAUAGAUCUCAUCAACAUCCUAUAAUCCUUGGUAAAUCUAUAAAUACACUCAAUUCAAAUAGCUGAUGCUCAGUAAGGCCUCCUUAAAUUAGAAAAUAUCUACUUUAACAAUGAUAAACUCAUCUUGAAUCUAUUUGAAUUAUUUGCUAAGAUGAAAAAAGAGAUUAUUGAUCAAAAUUUAUUGUCCAGAGCUAUUAAAGCUUUUGAGGAUGAUUUUCAUGAUUAUUCGGAUGUUUAAUUUGCAAAGAUAAUUGUGGCAAUGAAAGGCUUGAACUUAAAUGAACAAAUAGCAAAAAUUAAAGAACAAGUGGUUAACCCUGAGAGAAAAAUUGACAGCAAUAAGCGGUUGAUAAUGCUAGAAGCAUUUUGA